AGAUUAGUUUAUGAGCCGGAAGUAAAUAAUAACGACACAAAUAAUAAAUAUUACAAUUGCAACGCCAAGUAAUCAUAAUUUGAAAGACCAAAUGGGUCGAAACACGUAUCCUCUGUAAACUGUUUGCCCUCAGAUGUCCUCAGAUAACAGUUACAUCGGGCAGGUCGAUGGAUGUGACUCAGGGUUUCACUUUGAGACGGCUAGUUUGAAUCCUGCGGCUAACGUGCAACUGCCGUUAUCAACGAGUUAGCUCACUAAGCUAAAUGGUGCUAAGACGGCCAGCUGGCCUAACAUUUUAACCUGGCGACCUCUAUGAAAUAUUUGGACUUUGGUUGGACUUGUUUGUGUAUGUGUGGACUUCUACGUGUGAUUGGACUCGUUAGUUUCAGUUCUUAUGUCGCGGCAGAAGCACACAUUAACAAAACGCUAAACAUGUCCGGUGAUACCGACGGUCGUUUCAUGUAUUUCGCUUUUGGGAGCAACUUGUUGAAGGAAAGACUACAACUGGCAAAUCCUUCGGCAAUAUUUUGCACUACCGGCCGACUGAAGGACUAUAUUUUGAACUUUGGCCUGUGGGAGAAACAUGUGGACAACGCCUGGCAUGGUGGAGUCGCCACCAUUGAGUUCUGUCCAGGUGCAGAAGUGUGGGGGGUGAUUUGGACUUUGAGCAACGACAACCUCAAGAGCCUAGACAACCAGGAGGGGGUGAGUCUGGGAAAGUACUCUCCAAUUGAAGUUACAGUGGAGACUGAUAACGGACUGACACUGUGCAGGACCUAUCAGAUGAACAAUUUCCACGCCUGUCCUCCCUCUCCUCAGUACAAACAGGUGGUGUGUCUGGGUGCAGAGCAGAACAGACUCCCGGUGGAGUACCUGAAGAGGCUGGAGGCCAUUCAAACGAACAAUUACAGCGGCCCCUCGAUCCUUGAUCAGAUCAAAACAGUUGAGAAGUAGUGACUGAAAAAAAUAUUGACUCUGGAAACCAGCAGCUGACAGAAACACUUACACCACAACAUCCACUCAGUAGAUGUUCUGAGAACCACAAUAAGAAAACUAGAGUACAGAACAGCUACUGAGCGGACAUUGUAGUGUAUCAAGUUAUGAAGACCAGAAAAACAAAAGUCCAGGUCAAAGUCCAGCAAUUUCCAGAGCAUUCAACUGCAUCUCACAGUCAUCAUCAUUACCUCAAGGCUGUAAUAAUAAAAUAAAAAUAGUGUAAUAAUGAUAAUAAAAUAAUUGUAUAGAUGAUGAGAUGUGGCUGUAAGCUCUGAAAAAGCUAAAAAGUGGACUUUGUGUUCAGAUUUGAUCUUAAUCAAACUACUUCCCAGGUUCAAGGUCAAGAAUAAACUCACACUUACUUAUGAAGUAGAAUCAGCACCACUGUGUGGCCAGAAGUCAAUAUUGCAUGCACUUAGUAGAUGUUAAGUUAGACCCAAAACAUACCUUGGAAGAUUAUUUUUUGUUAUUGAGCAGUUAAUUUGACCAGAAAUGUGACAAAUGUAGUUUAAUUUUAGAGCCAUCAUAACGUAAGACCAAAAUGUACGUGGCAGGUAGAAAUCUGUUUUAAGUAUUUCUCAGGGGAAUAUUAAAAACUGAUGAAAAACCCUCAA